CUUAAUUUUUCAGUUUUGAGGUCUUUUUAAUUUAUUUACAGUGGAAAUGUGUUUUAUUGCUUGCUGCUACAAUGCUGUCAAUUGAAAUGUAUAAUAGAAAACAUAACAUAAACAACGUAUAACUUUAAAAAAAAGCCUAAUUGGAAGAUGUUUAUUUUGCACUACCUUUUUUUAUAGUUUUCAUUUUAUCUUUUAGAAAUGUCUUAAAUGUUCUUCAUCCUUCCACCACAACACCAAACACCAAUACUGUUGGAUUAGUAAAAUUGAAACAUAACCCCAAAAUGGUGGGUUUUAGCACCGUUAAUAACCAAAGGCACUUCGAAUAUGUGAAUGUAUGACAAUCGGAUCUCAGAUUGACACCUUUCGGGGAGAACCUGAAUGCAGCAUUUGUCACGGCUGAGAUCAUCCGCUAAGUACAGAGCAUGCGCAGUAGACGGAGGUCUGGGAGUGUCUGAGCGGCUCGUUGGAAGUGAAUCCAACCCGCAGUCACUGAACCCAGGAGCAUCUGCAUGAACAAUGAACCGGCGGACUUGGACGGAGAAUUUGAAACGGAGAUGAACCGGACGUUUGAACAGUGUCGAGGUGAUGGGGUUGUACAGCAGCAGUGAUUUGCGGGAUAUCUGUGGUGUGAAUGACCUCUAACGGUACAGGGAAUUAGUAAUUUCUAAUACUUUGUUGUCUGCAGAGUCAAUCCUCUUACAGACUGUAAUAGUGUUACAUUGGCGGGCUUGAACUUCCACGGUAUCGUCAUUAAAACAGGCUACACAUCUAAAGGCUAAAUCACCCUAGUGUCUUAAUUUAUUUAUUUACAUGGAUAUGUGAUUAUUGGAUGGCCUGUAGUCUGCUAGAUUUAACCAAAGUGUUGAACAGUUACUGCAAAGUCAUUCUUUAUUCCAAAAAGAGGAUAUAUUUUUUGUACUGCACUUGAAAUCAUUGGUGCAUCACCAGCUGCUUCAACUACAGAUGUGAGUUUUAAUUACAGCAGAUCCACAUUAGAUUUAAGACACCACUGCAUUGACUUGUGUUUGAGACAUUGGUGGCACGAGCUGUUUGAUGUCAUGAGUUGGCCAUCUGUUGUGGGAACCUGCUUAAACCUGCAAGCUGAUUAACGAGGGAAAGGUCCAAGGCUUCAGUCAAGACGUUUGUGUGCCCGGACUCAGUUGGCUUCCUGGUGGAGGAGGGAUGCUGAGGGCAACUGUGGGCUCAGUGCAGGAGAGAGAUGAGGAGCAGGAGGAUGAAGGCGAAGAAGAGCUGAGGGAUGGAGGGGUGCCUUUCUACGUGAACAGAGGAGGCCUCCCGGUGGAUGAGGAGACUUGGGAGAGGAUGUGGCGCCAUGUGGCUCGAAUACACCCCAAUGGUGAAGCUUUGGGGAAGGACAUCCGGGGUGCCACUGACCUGCCCAAGAUUCCAAUACCGAGUGUGCCUACAUACCAACCUACCACCACUAUCCCACAGCGCCUGGAAGCCAUACAGAAAUACAUCAGGGAAUUGCAGUACAAUCACACGGGAACACAGUUUUUUGAAAUUAAGAAGAGCCGGCCUCUUACUGCGUUGAUGGACAUUGCUAAAGAGAUGACGCGGGAGGCUCUGCCAAUCAAAUGCCUGGAGGCGGUGAUCCUGGGGAUUUACCUCACCAACAACAUGCCGGGUGUGGAGCGCUUCCCCCUCAGCUUCCAGUCUCACUUCUCAGGGAACCACUUCCACCACAUCGUGCUGGGAGUUCACAGUGGGGGGCGCUUUGGCGCGCUGGGCAUCAGCCGGAGGGAGGACCUCAUGUUCAAGUCCCUGGAGUUCCGGACACUGAUGGACUUGGUGCAAGAAUUUGAAGGAGCCUACAGGGGCUACUGGCACACCCUGCGCAAGGUCAGGAUCGGCCAGUAUGUGUCCCACGACCCUCACAGCGUGGAGCAGAUAGAAUGGAAACACUCGAUACUAGACGUAGACAAGCUGACCAAGGAGGAGCUGCGGAAGGAGCUGGAGAGACACACCCGAGACAUGAGGCUGAAGAUAGGGAAGCCUGCACCACCCUCUCCCACCAAAGACAGGAGAAACAGCAUGGGUUCACCCCUCAGAGGACCAAGCAGCCCCAUACGCAGGAUUAGCCGUGUUGAGAGACGUCCCUCUGGAGAGAAGAAGGUUUUGGAACAGAAAUCGUCUGCAGACAUGAAUGGAUACCAGAUUCGAGUCUGAGGAAGAAUUUUACUUGUAAAGUUAUUAGGUACCACACACUUGUUUCAUGUGAACCACUGAUUUACUCUAAGGCUUAAUUCUUUGUACACAUUGGCCUAUUCACAGGAUGCAAUGUUGAAUAGGUCACCAGCAACUUUUCCUCUCUAAACAAAUGCCUCAUUCAGCUUCCCUAUGUCUAUGUUGUUAGAGGCAUUUUCUGGAGCUGCACUGUGGAUAGUAAUUGGUGCUGGCAAUGUUCCCAAAUAAAAAAAGGGGGUAAAAAGUGCAGUACUUUGUAAACAUUUUUAAAUAACUGUUUUGCUAACUCAACACAGCGAGAAAUAUGACUCUUCCCCGACGCUGGGCAAGACUACCACUCAGUGUAAAAUGUGCUACUGGACAUAUCAUAGGUUUCUGUCAUGUUAUUACGUUCAACAAAAGCUCUUAAGGCUUGUCUGCAAUCUGUUAUCGUCGUACUGUAAGUGUGCAAAUACAUGUAAUGUCAUUUAAAAUCCACUUAGGCUCUGCUGGGCAGCAAUUGCUUGUGAUUGACUAGUUUGCAAACCAUUACCCUCGUGCCUUGUAUGAAAAUUCAAAGAGAACAAAAAUAUCUUUUUUUUUGUUUGUUUUUGACAUCCAACCCAUUGUUCUCAUUAGUUAACUAAACAAAAAGCAGUGGAAUCUCUGCUCUUCCAAAAUACUGGAAAUGAAUGAAAUAAAUUGUGUGAGACAGUUUUGUGACAUCUAAUAUCCAGAUGCUAGCAUGUUUAGUAUGGUAUUUACCUUAUUGAUAUGUUGACUGAAUAUAGGAUUGAAUAUACAAAAGUAUAUGUACAAGUAUGAAGUCACCUGUUGAGUGAUAUGAGAAACUGGAGUCUGAGUUCUGGCUGCUGAAUAUAAAACCGUUCACAUGAACCAAGACAAUUAUCAAGGUGACUGCUGAUCUCAUCUGCAUUUAAUGUAGAUGUAAAGUAAUGACAAGUCACUUUGUGUACUGUGUAACUGCUUUAUAUAUACAUUGUUUCUAACUUUUAUUUGUAGCAACUUUAUCCAGUAUUUCACUUGCCUUAAGUGGUAUUACUUCCAUUUAAGAUGUAAAGAAGUUUGUUUACAGCACUUUUAUCUGCAUUUUGUAUUUUUUUUAUUGGACAUUCUGUCAUUUUAUACUUCCCUCAGUGUUGGUGAUCACCAGUAGACCACUUAAUAUUUACCACACACUAUUUUGAAUAUGUUGCCACAGCCAAAAUUUUUAUGUGUACAGUAGAUGUUGUCCAUUUUCAUUUCAGUGCUCUAUAACACAAUUGUUUUGUACCAAAAGACUGUUGAUUUACAGGAUCACAAUAAAGGCUCACAUGGAUUGUGGCAACACAA